AUGUCCUCCGUUGGUGAUGCCUCCUCGGAGAUUUUUUCGCUGUACUCAUAUCCUGAACCGCUGACGAGAGCAAGUUCGUCCGCACAAGAUUCUAAUCCCCCAAUCACCCCUCCUGACGAGACAGCAUUCGUCGGAAGGGGGGGACACGGCGUCGCGAGAGGCAAACUCCAUGCGUUACAGGAUACUGUUCAGAUUAGUUCGACUACGCCGGAGAGAUCUCCGCAUUUCUUGCGCGAACCUCGCUUGGAUGCGCUUGCCGAAGUUGGGGAGCCUGAGCAAGAUCCGGAGCCAUACGGACCAUAUUUCUCUCUGCGCCCUGACCCUACUUCGUUCGCAAGUCCUAGCGGGUUGUCUCGUCGCGGGACAACGAAAGAGUUGAUAGGUCGAUACGAGUCAAUUACCUCGCGAUCGAAUUCUGUCACAACUGCUGUAACGACGGAUAUUACUCCAAAGGUACGACCUGGUGCGUAUCCCGCAAUAGAGAGGAAAGAAAAAGGACGAUCUCCAAUUCGUCAGUCGAUCCGUAAUAUUCUCUCGGUGUUCAAGAAAAACAAAUCCGCAAAUUCGUGUAAGGAACAAGCAAAUUUUGGGAGUCCCGCGUAUACGGACCUCGGCCGACAGCGAACCGCUAGCAGCGACACUCGGAGCUCUUCUGUCGCUCCACCCUUGAAGCUGAAUAUACCCAAGGAGCGGAAAGACUUCAGCCUCUGCCAAACACCUUUGGGUCCCUCCCAUGCUCGUCAUUCUGGCACGCUUUUCUAUUUGUCCCGUCCUGCUUCGCCGAUCAUACAUUCUACAGCACAUGGUAACCCUUCAACCGACAUUAUAUCAUUCAAGGAAUGCACAGACGUUCGUUCGCUCUCAAUAUCAGAACUCAAUUUGAAUGAACAGCGCUUGUUACCGUCGGAUGUAGGCGAACUCAAGGUAUUUGAACUGUUAUUUGAGGGAAGGCCAAGGGAGAAGUUCGCUGCGAACUCAGUCCCAGCAAGGGCGACCUGGGUAAGCGCAAUCUGGGACGCGAUUCUGCAAGCUCAGGAUGAGAAGUCUAGCACAUCCCGCAACGCAGCCAAUGUCGUUAAUUCCUUGUCCGAAGAGACAAAUUUUGAGUCACGUCGUAGUCAAGAAUCGCGCAAAGUAUGUAUAACACCUAUGGACACUGUGAGCAAUAUGAGUGCAAAGCCAGUCAACAGAGACCGUACACUACCAGACAUACCCCGUCGACCCCCCAGCCCGGUUACCCAAUCAGCUCCGCCACGUCUCUCUCUCAAGAUGCCCCCCAGCACUCCUGGAACUUCCCCUCUGAUGCCUUCCGUUAUCUCUCCGCUACCCAAGCCGCCUACCACCCCAAAUAAACCACCUUUUCUCUCUCCAAUUUCGCCACCGCGCUCGCAAAGCCCUUCCAUCCGUAACCUUGAUCAACGGUCUGUGGUCAAGCAACGCCUCGCACAGCUCGAGAGCGCUCGCUCUUCAACUUCCUCUGUCUACGACCUCGGACCUCCAAGUCCAGUCCAAACGUCUGCUACUCCCUUGCGUACGAGAAACCUUGCUGCUAGGCGAGAGGUUGGUAGGUCAUCCUCUCUUCAGGAGCAGCCAGGUCGAUCCAAGGCCCACACACCUAUCAUCGACUCUUAUUGUGUCCCAGACACGCCAUCCGCUCUGUCGCAAUACUCGGGACGCUUGACCUCAUUGCCUCCGACCAGCAAUACUGCCUCAAUAGACUUGGCUCCGUGGAUGCGCAGUACAGAUGGUUCAGUCAGUCCAUGCGAAUUGGCUUCAUCGGAUCUGGGCAUGGCCUCACCUGCUUCGAAAUAUUCUACGGACGAGACGGCAGACCAAGGACAGACGCAGCCCUCUGAUGCUCCGCAGCCUGCCAGAGAUAUUCAGCAGCAUCGCCGUCCUAUCAUUCGUUUGGAUACGAGUGCAACGGCGUGGAAGCCACCAAUUAUCCUGCGUGACGAGCCUCGGCCAGAAGUAGACAAUCAUCACUCCGCCGACCAGCAUGCCAUCAUGGAGAGGAUCGAUCGUUCUGUUCAGAAAUUGGAGAGGCACAACGAAGCGGAUGCAACUAAGCUGGUAGAUAUUAGGAUGAAAGUGGCAGCCACCUUGGAAGAGGUUCGACGCCAGGCCAGGGAGCGUGAUGUAGCCGGGCAUGUGGACUUGUCUACGGUCAUGGAGAAACUAGACAUGAUUCGCUCCGAGCUGAAAGAGACGAAUGAGGCGGAAGAGGCGAGGCUCCAGCCCGCGGAGAGGAUCUCUCCAGCUGAAUGGUCAGAGCUGCAUGCGAAGGUCGAUAGCUUGGUCACGGCCUGUCACAACUUGCAGCACACCGAGCUUCCAGACGCUAAAAGUAGUGCCAGCGACGAAAGCAGUCAGCAGAUUGAGGAAAUCAUUUAUCUGCUGAGGGACGCUCAGACCCAGUGGGCUACUCAUACCGAGCAGCAGACAGACAGCGUCAGAUAUCUGAAUGAGCUGAACAACUGGCUUGAGACGUUCGUCAAUCACGGUACAUCGCAGAUCGAAACCGUGGCAGCUGGUAUUCAUCAACUAUGCCAAGAUCUGGGAUAUGCGUCGGACGUACAAGAACUGGCCAAUGAAGGAGAGCCGAAAUCUUCUGGAAAUUUGUUGGCGGACAUUCGUCAGCUGUUAAUUCAGAAUAGAGACCGGGAAGAGAACUCAGCCACGCUCCAUGCAUCUGUAAAUGGGCUUAUUGCCGCUGUUCAGGAAGAUUUAAGGAAGAACGCAGAGGCACGAAACAUGCUAACGACAGAGUCGGUGGUAGGGUUAAUUGAUCGACAACGGCUAGAUCAUGAAAGAAUGCUGAGGACCCUCGGGACCGAGCUGUCCAACGAGAUCCGUGGGGAACGCUUGCGCUUCGUUGAGGCAAUGAAAGAGGCAACAGCCAUAAACGUACAAAUCCACGUUGAGGAGUUCAAGAAAGAGCUGACCCGAGAGGUGCUCAUUAUGACCCAGGAAGUAGGAAGGUUGCAGAGAGAGCGACAAGGUCUAGAGCAGCAGAUUGCAGAUCUGUUUGCUUUUUUCGCGAAGCAAAAGCAAGCAGGAAGCUUACUCCAGCCAACCUCGCGUCCAAACGUGCAGCCGGCGCGUCACCAGAUUCCGAUUCCUACGCAUAUGCCAGGAAGUAUGCCUUCUCAUGGGCAACGACGUCCGUUACCUAGUCCCACUGUAGCAUCAAGGCCAGCAUCAUCCCUGGCGUAA